CAAGGCCAGGCCACAGACACUCCCUAUGUCCCGACGGACAGACUAUUCUACGCUACCCUCUGGGGAGCCAUCACUGCAAGACGAGGAGACCGUCAGUGCCACUGCGGAGGGCGACGAGGAUAUGGAAGACGCUGAGGACCAGGAGGAUGGCUACAGCUCCUCGACACCCACAUCGACGCUGACCUGGAUAAGCUGGUUCUGUUCACUCCCCGGACACGAGUACUUCUGCGAGGUGGCGGAGGACUUCAUCGAAGAUGACUUCAACCUUACCGGUUUGAACGUUAUGGUGCCAUUCUGGAAGGAAGCUAUGGAGAUGGUGCUAGACAUGGAGCCUGACGAAGACACGACCAAAAUACCCGAUGUCUCGAUUGUAGAGGCAUCCGCUGAACUUCUCUAUGGCCUCUGUCACCAACGCUACAUUCUGACGAGGGCAGGACUGCAGGCGAUGGUUGACAAGUACGAGGCCGGCAUCUUCGGUUCUUGUCCGCGCGUUUAUUGCAACGGAUGCAAUAUCGUCCCUUGUGGCCGCUCCGAUUUGCCCGGAUUGGACACCGUCAAGCUGUUCUGCCCGAACUGUAACGACAUCUACACCCCUCCAAGCAGCAGAUUCCAGGGUGUCGAUGGUGCUUUCUUUGGCACGACUUUUGCACAUCUCUUCUUCCAGAGUUACCGCGAGCUUGCACCCGCCCCGUUCUGGAAGCCCUCUACGCCCCCUUCUACCUCCCCACGCUCUUCCGCAAGCUCGUCCUCCAACCAACCUCCCUUCGUGAACCCUAACCCUUACGGCGGACAAAAGCGCGCGGCGGGCAAAGUCUAUGUGCCUAAGAUCUACGGGUUCCGCGUAAGCGAGCGCGCCAAGUGCGGACCCCGCAUGCAAUGGAUGAGGCUUCGCCCCGAGAACGCCGAUGAGCUUGAUCUGGUUGACUGGCGGGGGCACUGGAUCGAUGAUGACGAGCAUUACGGUGACGAGGAGGAGCCCGCGGACGAGGAUAGACCAAUGGAAGACUUUGACCCCGAUGCGCAAGAUGAUGACGAUGACGAGGAGGAAGAGGAGGAAGAGGAGGCGCAGGAAGGCACGCCACUGAAGGGACGCACCGUAGCGACCGCCGUGCCGCUGCAGUCACCCACGCCCACUAACCCGCCUUCCUCACCGGCGACGAGUGGCCCUCCUCCCACCCCACGGGAUGAUGACAAGUUGUCCCAGCAACGGCGUGCAGCGGUGUCCCCUACGCCCGCGUCCGGAAAGUUGCGCGUUGUACACCAGCUGGUACCGCGGGGUUCUGGGAACCGGGCGCAGGUGUGCUGAACGCGUACUGAUUUAUUGGGCUGUGUUUCUUCUUGUCUCCCUCAUGUCUCCCUCAUCGUCGUCGGUAUUGUUAGACUACUUAAACCACGAAGCGUCGGCGAGCCCGUAUACUACAA